UUGUCUAAAAUGUAAUCAAACAUAAAAAUACCCAAAGAUAGGCAGGACAAUUAAGUGUGACUAAUCAAAUCUAAUCCAUAUUCCCAUGGCACUUCUGCAACAGCUCAGUUCCUUUCAUCAAUUCAAGAAACCCAAAUUAUGUUGUCCUUUAACUCCUCUAAAGAAUCAGACUUUCACUUGUUUUAUAAAACCAAGAAAGCAUCUUUCUUCAUCUCAAGUAUCAUCUACACUUGAUUACUCAAACAAUCACAAUUAUACUAAAAAGUUGGUUCAAGAAUUUGAUCCAAAUAUACCUAUUGAAGAAGCUGUGACACCACCUAGUUCUUGGUACACUGACACUUCAUUUUAUACACAUGAACUCAAUCAAGUCUUCUUCAAAGGCUGGCAAGUUGUUGGGUACACCGAACAGAUCAAAGAGCCUAGCCAAUAUUUCACUGGAAGAUUGGGCAACGUCGAGUAUGUUGUAUGUCGAGAUGAUGGUGGAAAAAUAUACGCUUUUCACAAUGUGUGCCGGCAUCAUGCCACUCUUCUUGCCUCUGGAAGUGGGAAAAGCUCUUGCUUUGUUUGCCCAUACCAUGGGUGGACAUAUGGAUUGGAUGGAGCACUUCUUAAGGCAACAAGAAUAACAGGAAUCAAGAACUUCAAAGUGAAUGAGAUGGGAUUAGUUCCAAUGAGAGUGGCUGUAUGGGGACCAUUCAUACUUCUCAAUUUUGAAAAUGGAGCUUUGUCCGAACAAGAAUCUGAUUUUGACUUGGUUGGAAACGAAUGGUUGGGCAGUUCAUCCCAAAUCUUGGCUGAUGGUGGAGUGAAUUCUUCAUUAAGUUUUUUAUGCAGACGCGAAUACACCAUUGAGUGUAACUGGAAGGUUUUCUGUGACAACUACUUGGAUGGUGGUUAUCAUGUACCAUAUGCUCAUAAAGAUCUUGCUUCUGGUCUCACACUUGACUCGUACUCUACCACAAUACUUGAAAAAGUCAGCAUCCAACGAUGUGAAACUGGAAGUGCAGAAAAGGACGAUCAAGAAUUUGAUCGACUUGGAUCAAAAGCUUUAUAUGCAUUCGUGUAUCCAAACUUCAUGAUCAAUAGGUAUGGUCCUUGGAUGGACACGAAUCUCGUACUGCCUCAAGGACCUCGGAAAUGUCUAGUGAUAUUUGACUACUUUCUUGAUGCAUCUCUCAAGGGUGAUGAGAGUUUUAUCGCACAGAGUCUCCAAGAUAGUGAGACAGUGCAGAUAGAGGAUAUAAAACUAUGUGAAGCUGUUCAAAGAGGCCUUGAAUCACCCGCAUACCGCACUGGGCGCUAUGCACCACAAGUUGAGAAGGCUAUGCAUCAGUUUCACAGCCUUCUAUAUGAAAAUCUUCAUAACUAAUAUAUUUCGUUAUGCUUGCUAUUUGUGAGAAUUCCAGAAAAUUAUCUCCACUGUUUUCUGCUGGUAGCAGCAGUAAUCUGAACUAGAAAAUUAUCAUCACUGGUCCUAGCCCUCGUUAUCGGACAGUUGUUUUUCUUCCUUGUACCUAUCAUUGUACAUACCAUCUAUGGUUUAGGAAGUGUUAUAAAUAACAACCUGAGGGUC